CAUACGGGCACUUUGUAUCCAGAGUAAUAUCAAAACAAAUGUCGGCAUUGUAAACAAACUUUAUUUCUUUAAAAAUAUAAACCACAAAAAUGAGUCGCGGAAGCAGAGACAACCAGAGUAUUUUGAGUGAGAUAGAUUGGGAUGAGGGGCUUAGCAUGCCCGUUGCGAACAGCGAGAACAAGUCGCUGGAAGAUGAGGUUCAAACAAAGCAAAGAAAUAUUGUGCAUGUUCGCAAUGACUUGGAAGAGUUUGAAGACAGAAUCCACGCUAUGUCUGAACAUCUCAAAAAUGUUAGACAAGAACUUCAGCAUACACAGGGGCUUGUUGGGGCAAGGAGGAAAGAAAUUGAAACAGAAAGUCACCUCCUUACAAUUGCUGAAAGGGAGGAAGGGAGACUGAAACAAGAGAUAAAGAAAUUAGAAAAAGAAGUAGAAGAAUUGAAAGAAAGGAAAAAUGUGUUUGAGAACAACAUCUUCAAGCAGACCCAGAAACUUGAGGAGAUGAAAUCUCAGAUGAACUGGGAUCAGCAAGCCCUUGAAGCUUGGCUGGAGGAGUCAGCAAGAAAAGAUGAAGAUUCCAUGGCCAUUCAGAAAUACUCCCGACAUGACGAGAGUAAAAUUAAAGAAUUGUCUCUACGUAUGGAGCGUCUGACAGACGAGUCAGCAAAGAAACGUAGGCAGCUGGACCAUGAAACAACAUCAACUCUCACUGCCCAGAUUGAACUUGAUAAAACCGCUGAAGAUUUCAGGAAGGCACAUCAGGAGCGUCAAGAACUGAUUAAACAGUGGGAGAAUACAAUAGAACAAAUGCAACGCAGAGACAAGGAGAUGGAUUUACUUGCUGCUCAACUUGCAAGAGUGAAAGCAGAGGUUCGUAAAAGGGAAGAGACAAUUAAAGAGAAACAGCAGUUUCUUGAUAAUGAGAUUGAGAAUAAUAGUGAGCAGGAGAAGAAAAUCUCCAUAGCUGAGAGGACUGCAGCUCGUAUACGCUCCGACUACCAGGAGGCUGAAACUCAGAGAGUACAAUUCCAUGAUGAGCUUGAUGCCCUGAAGAGAACGGUGGAUAGAACUGUAACUGACCUUGAAGCUACAAGGUCACAGGUCACACAACUCAAGAAAGAUGUUGUUGAUAAGGAAAACAGGUUAAGACAAGCCAAAGAUUUGAGAGAGACCCUAGUAGAGAAACUGAAGAUUGCAACAGAGUCGAACUUGAGUGCCGAGGAACGAGCUGCUCGCAUGGACGAGCUUCUAGAUGAUGAAGAUAAACGUCAGAAGGACAUUGAUCAGGAUUUGAAAUAUCUUCGAGACCUUCAGUUUAAAAAGAUGCAAGAACUUCAUGAACAUCAGACAAAAGAGCGAAAUAAUGAGGCGGAAAUUAUUGGAAGUCAGGCUGCAAUUAGAAACUUGAACAGCAAAAUUUCCAAGCUGGAUACAGACUCCCUCAAACAACAGGAGAUCAUUUAUAAUCAGGAUUUCUCUAUUCAACAAUUGGAGCGUCGUAUCAACAGAAUGCAGGGUGAAAGGUCAAACGAGGAGAAGAUACAUCUUGAAGCAAAGAUAAAAGAUCUGACAGAUGAACUUGAGCAGAAAAAUAACACCCACACCCUACUUACACUGCAGCUCAAGAGAUUACAGGAUGAUAUUAGAAGAGUGAGCAGGGAGCUGGAGAAAAAUGGAUCAGAGAAGAAUGACCUUACCAGCAAGAUUGAAGAGCUCGACCUCUACAACGACAGUUCUGAGCGUGAGCUCAAGAAAAUUAUCACAUCAAAACAAGACCUUAUGGUGGAUCAGAACAUCUUGAAGCUGGAGUUGAAGAGGUUACGUGACAUGCUUAACGAGCGAGCUGACGAGGUGUUCACACUGGAGAAGAGAAGACUGCAGCUUGAAACUGCAAUGAAAGAGCGUCACCAGGAGAUCAACAUCCACAAGGAAAUGUUGAAUGCCCAGGUUAGAGCUGUGAAUGAGGAGAGACAACAGAUUAGUGCAGAAUUACACGAGAGAAUCUCCAAAAUUGAUAAACUCAGGAAAAGGUAUGAGAUAUUAAUGGUAUCCAUGGCUCCACCAGAAGGUGAAGAGGAGAGAUCUCAGGCUUACUAUGUUAUCAAGGCUGCCCAGGAGAAGGAAGAGUUACAGCGUGAAGGUGAUGAUUUGGAUGCUAGAAUCAGAAAGGCCGAGAAAGAAAUCCGGGCCUUGGAAAAUACACUUAAGCUCAUGAACAACAGAAAUGAAACUUACAGGAAAAGCUUUAAUAAAGUUACUGAUGCCAGUGAUGAAAUGGAGGAGAAACAACAAUUAGAUGAACAGAUGAGGGCUGUGAUGGACAAGUACAAGUAUAAGAGACGACAGAUGAGAGAAUUACAGGAAGAUUUACAGACCAUGAGUAAUACACUAGAUAAUCUGAAUAGAGAUGAGGACGCUUAUGUAGAGAUGGUUGAAGAGAAGAAAAACAAAAUUUUACAGCUUAACAAAGAGCUUGAUGACCAGAGAGCAAAACUGGAGAGAGUAACAAAACAGAAUCUAAGAUAUGCUAAAGAAUUGAGAUCUGCAAAGAAGGCAAAAGGUGAAACUCCAGAAGAAGUAAGUAUUGAUAAAUGCUCUGUGAAAACUGUUCAUUUUAAUUUUAUUUUGUAAAUUUCUAAGGUUUUC